AGAGAGGGAGAGAGUGAGCCUGUCUGAAAGAGGGAGACAGAGAGCCCAGUGAAAGAUAGCUUCAACAAGCCAGCAAAGAAGGGAAAGAGAGAGCAAGCUAUAGAGAAACAAUCUGAGAGAAAUAAAGUAUAGAAAGAGGGUUCAACAGCUGCUGCACCAGUGAAGCCUUAUUGUGUGUGUUAUAGGUGCCAGAGUGAGUGCGUGUUUAUGAGUGUUUGUUGGGAGCAGCGGAUGGCAUGCUUGCUCCCUGAAGAAGGAAAUGUAUCCGACUGACUGAGAGAAUGUGAGGAAGUGUGGGGAAAUUCUGCAGGGAAUACUGCGAUUGGAAUACUCUGAUCCUGGUGGAUAUGCAAACUUUCCUGGACUGUUGUUUUCUUUUUGAACCAUUUACUCCUCUUCAGGGGUUUAAACUCAUCUGUUAUUUUUGCUGAAGGAAAGUCAAGCCAUUAUGCCAACUGAUGAUUACACGGAUGCCCUCCCUCCUCUGCCGGACAUUCCAGACGCCGACUCGGUCUUAAGCUCCGUGGGUAUUCCAGGUCGCUCCCGCCACUCUGACAUCCGCCACGCCCCCCUACGCUACUGCUCUGCCCACAGCAUGGACUCCUCCCCCGACAGCGGCGAGCGUCCAAUCAGCUACGGCUCAACCUCUUCCUCCGCCUCCUCCCGGGACAGCCACUGCUCACUGGGCAGCCGCUCCACCUUAAGCCCAUCCUCUCAUUGUGAUCCCGCUUCGGACCGUGACCUGGACUCCAGGGCGAUCCGGUUGGAGCUGGUUCCAGCCAGGCAGCUGGGGUGUGGGGAUGAGGAGGAGAGGAAGGAUGGCAGGAUUGAGACAGGGAGAGAGAUGGUUAAACAUGGGUGUGCACAGACCCCACAGUCAGACACAGAGACUGGGGAGAGGUCCACCCCGGGGCCCAGGGUGCAGUAUGUGGACAGGGUGGUUCAGGAAAUACUGGACACUGAAAGUACCUACGUACAGGACCUGCGCAGCAUUGUACAGGAUUACCUUGAGUGUAUCAGUAACCAGUCUCGUCUAGCACUGAGCUCAGAGGAUAGAGGAUCUCUAUUCGGGAACAUCCGCGACAUCUACCACUUCAACAGAGAUCUGCUACAUGAUCUGGAGAAAUGUAAUUCAGACCCUGUGGCCAUCGCAGAGUGCUUUGUAUCAAAGAGUCAAGAGUUCCACAUUUACACUCAGUACUGCACCAAUUACCCAAGGUCAGUGGCUGUGUUGACUGAGUGUAUGAGGAAUAAGGCAUUGGCCAAGUUUUUCCGAGAACGUCAGGAAUCUUUGAGACACUCCCUGCCUUUGGGCUCCUACCUGCUCAAGCCAGUGCAGAGGAUCCUCAAGUACCACUUACUGCUACACGAGAUAGCCAACCACCUGGAGAAGGACACAGAGGUGGUGCAGGAGGCCAUAGACACCAUGCAGAGAGUAGCCCGGCACAUCAACGACAUGAAAAGGAAACAUGAACACGCUGUCAGGUUGCAGGAAAUCCAGAGUCUGCUGACCAACUGGAAGGGGCCUGAUCUGAUUGGCUAUGGGGAGCUGGUUCUGGAGGGGACGUUCCGUCUGCAACGAGCCAAGAAUGAGCGCACGCUUUUCCUGUUCGACAAACUGCUGCUGGUCACCAAGAAACGUGAGGAGGCCUACACCUACAAGGCCCACAUCCUGUGUUGCAACCUGAUGUUGGUGGAAGUCAUUCCGAAAGAGCCACUCAGCUUCAGUGUGUUCCACUACAAGAACCCCAAACUACAGCACAACGUACAGGCCAGAUCCCAGCAGGACAAACGCAUGUGGAUCCUGCAUCUAAAGAGACUCAUACUUGAAAACCACCCGGCUAAAAUCCCAGCCAAGGCCAAGCAGGCCAUUUUGGAGAUGGAUGCUAUGCACCACCCAGGUUUCCACUACUGUCCCGACAAGAGGAGCCCCCACACAAAGGAGGGCCCCUCCCCUCGACGGGUCCGCAGGAAGUCAGAGCCGCUGUCCAAGUUACUGAAGAACCCUAAACAUGGUGCCAAGGAAGAUGUCUCAAAGCGGACAAGUCUGGGCGCCACCCUGCUCUCCCCUGUGUCCCAGCUGGCUCUGGGCACUAUUGGCCACAGCCGCAGCCUGGUCAACCAAUCACAGAAGUCCCUGGACCCAGGUGACCAUUUUGACCAUAGCGACAGGGAGGAUGGGGAGGAGCCACAUCAGCAGGACGCCGAUGAUGAGGAUGACAGCAGCCUGGGUGGGGAAAAGAGGCUGCAAGUCCCAGGACAGUCUAGCAGGAAGAGGUUGAACCAACAGGCGUCUAUAGACAGCAGCAUCAACCAAUGGAAGACCUUCAACAUGAGCUCCUCAGACCUACAGAGGAAUAAGGAACGUCACCACCCUCCUCUCCUAAAGACGCCCUGUGUGACAGAUGAACCUCCGGAACCCAACGUCCCCUCCAUGCUGGUCCCAGACGGUGACCCCCAGACGGUGGGGAACAUCUGGGCGGAUCACCGCGUCCGCAGAGCCAUGUUCCCCACCCGCCAGCGCACCAUGGACGAGGAGGACGAGGACAUCUACCAGAUGUUUGUCCCCACCGGGCCCGGUGGGCCAGAACCAGAACCACCUCCUGUUAGGUCAGAGGUCAUGUCAUCUCCCAGCCGGACCCAGGGACGACCCUGCAGCUGGCAUGUGGAGCAGGUGCCCAUAGUGCAGAUCGACCCCCCGUCCACCGGGGACAGCAGAGUGCUGCGGAGAGCCAGCAGCGUGGGUGAGAAACAGACUGGCUCCCAACAGAGCCGCCCUGAUCAGGAUGACAACCAGCAAGAGAUGAUCCACAUCGAAUCCUCCAGCAAUGACAUCUCGGGUUCGUUAUCAGCCGAGCACCUGACGAUAGACGACAUUGAGAAUGUUUAUGACAACAUCAGCUACGAGGACCUGAAGAGCAUGGGGCUGAUCAAGAGGGAGCAGGAGGGUCGGGGGGUCCAGCGAGAGGGCCCUAGAGACACACAAGGCCCUAGGGCCCUAAACACCGGGGUGACAGGGGGUAUUACAGAGACUCUUAUCGAGCCAGAUAGCUUGUCUGACAUUAACCGUUCUUCCACUGCCCAGGAGCUGAAGAUCGUGGAGGAGGAGAACAUAUAUGACACUAUCUGCUUCAGGGAGCCCCCAGCGAAGGGUGACAGGGACGGGGACAGAAAGGCACAGGAGAGGGACAGUCUGUUCCAGUUUGCCUCUGAGACUGACCUGAUGGGCUGUGAGAGACUAGGGGGCUUCGUAUCUGAGGAAAGCUUCCAUUUUGGGGAGGACAAAGGGAUGGAGUAUAACUCCCAUCCCGUCCAUGGCACCUCUGAACUGGACAACUCCUCCUCAUCUGCCUCGAAAACAUUGUCCCAACAUUCCAAUGACUGGAUGUCGGAGCAGGUGGUCGAGAUCUGGAACGAUUUGGAAAACUAUAUCAAGAAGAACGAGAAGAAAGUGGAACGCCUUCCCACCGCAUUUCCCAUGAGCACCAGCGAGGCCCCCAAGAACUCAUCUGUCAAGAGCAGCACCAAAAAUAACAACCCACAUACAGCCAGCCCACAAACAUGCAGCCCCCCUACCAAGAGCCCCCUAGCCCACCAUCCCAACCCUCCCACUGUGACCCCACCUCACCAAUUCACCAUCCCCAUCCUCAAAAUCCCAGAGCUGCUCAGAGAGGGUACCUUUGAAGACGAGGACCAUUUCCCCUCUCACUCUCCCCUCACUCCCCCGUCUCCCCUGCCGGCCGUCCCAGACCCUGCCCCUCCUGGGACAGUCAAGAGCAUCCAUAACAAACUGUCCCGUCUCAGCACUGGGAGCUUCCAUCUAGAGGAUGAUGAUGAGCUGAGGGAGCUGCCCCAAAAGCACCCCAGCCAGAGGGAACCCUCCAUCAGGGACCUCCAUAGUCUGUUCCCUGGGGAGCUGGCUUUGGACUCUCCCUUGGCUUCCUCCUCUCUCCUUCUGGGUGACUCAGUGGACAGCUUCUCCCAGGAGCUCAUGGACAAGACCAAUAACCGUGUGUUCCUGAUGGCUCGCCAGUACAGCCAAAAGAUCAAGAAGGCCAACCAGCUGCUCCGCAUGAAGAGCAUGGACCCCGGCGACAUGUCAGGAGGACGCAACAGGGAGGAGAAGAAGCAGCAGAAAGACCUGGAAAAGAAGCAGAAUGACCUGGCAGCCAUUUUGGAGGAGAAGAAGCAAGAUGGUACUGCCAUAGGUGCGAGGAUAGCCGAGUACUCCCAGCUGUAUGACCAGGUGAUGUUUAAAGACCCUCCAGAUCAGGGUUCCAGUAGCCUGUGCCCUUCUGGCUCGCACUAUUCCCACCCAGCGCUACCCUCUUCCCAAUCCCUGCCUGAGACCUGCUCCUCCCUGGGGCAGGAAGACGACUGGCUCCACUCAACCUACAGCAACGGGGAGCUGACCAGCUUUGUGUCAGAGAUGCUGUCCUCCACCCCCCAGAGCAAGCUCACCCCUGCCUCCUCCGUCCCAACCCUAAAGACCCUACCUCCCUCUCCGGAGACCUCACCCACCCAGCGAUGGAGCUCUUGUGUCUCCGCCCCCAGCGAGAAGGAGGAGCAUGUGUACAGUUAUUUUAAACGACAGACCUCCUUUAACUCCCCCUCAUCUUCCUCCUCCUCCUCUAAACCACCUCCUUACUGCCGCUGCCAGUCUAUCUGCUCACUGGGUGACCUGCAGGAGAAGGAGAAUGAUCGUGUCAGGUCCAAGCGUGGUUCGACUGCAGUCCAGAGAUCCUCAGAAAGACUCCAUGUCCCCAGCAGUCUGGUCCUUGCCAGGCGGCAGAGUAGCCUCCCGGAGCAGUCCAGUUUCGGUCAUGGUCACUCUGACCUCACCCUCCAGGACAGUCAGGUGGUGGUCCUGAACCAUGCUUCUGCACUGAGCAUGCUCACAGCCACCCAAAACUACAUGGCCAACUUCAAAGACAAUGGCGACGAUGACGACGACGAUUACGUAGAGAUCCGCUCUGAGAACGAGAGCGAGUGGGAUCAGGACUGCUCCAGGCAGUGUAUCACCGGUGGUGGUGGGGGUGGUGGUGGUAGCUCCAAGGGACCAGCCCAGAGUCAAAUCCAGAGUCUUCCCUGCACUCCGGUAAGGUCCUCCUGUGGGCUGAUGGACCGGGAGCGUCUGCAGGAGUACCUGCGGGCGGAGCAGCAGACACAGCAGAACCAGUCCAACAUCAUCCAAUCACUCAGAGAGAAGUUCCAAUGCCUCAGCUCCAGUAGCUUUGCUUGAGUCGCCUUGACUACCCUUAACACACCACCAUAUGAACACACUAGUGCAUGUAGCACAAGCAGAUCUGUAGCUUUGCCAUUCUUAUCAUGACAACAAAUAACUCUCAGUAUACACAAAAGAAAACAAAGGACAUGAUUUCCUUCCACACACAACACGUCUAGAGUUAUUAUGACAAGGAAUGACACACUAAAUGCUAAAUUCAGCACACUGUACACACUACACACAACACAGGUCUGUAGCUUUGUCAGAGUCUUCAGGACAACAUGAAAAUAGAUAUAUACAUCUUAGCCUCACAGUUAUAUUUCACACACAACGUGCAAUACUGCAGCUUCGCCAAAGUCACAUGGUCAAAGUUCAACAUGUCACAAAACAACAUGCCAAAUACUGCAUCUGAGUAGUCAUGGCAAAAUACAGUACAGGAACAUACUAGUACUGCAGAGGCACUCCACCACCACAGCACUUCCUUACAGUCUUUCCAUGUCAAGUAGAUUGACAUUCAUAUUUAUUUUAGAUAAGUUGAAAAAGAACCAUGAAACGGUCAAAGUCAAAGUUAUCAUUCUAGCAAACUGUAGAUGAUGUUGCUGAGUCCAACAGGGUGUGGUAAGGGGCUCAGAGUGUAUGGGCUUACGGUUCAAAGGGAAGCAUAUAGGUUAUAUUUUAGAGAUGUUGGAAAUGAUGAUGCCAUAUACUGUACAGAUCCAUUCAUUCUAACCCUUUCCCCCUUCAACAAAAAUACUGACAUUCCAAAAAUGUAAUUUGGUAGCCUGCUGUAGACUGCUAGCAUCUCUUGAUGAGGAAAUGGCACUGGCUGAAUUGGGGUUAUGUUGCUGUAAUAUGCUGUUUUAAACAUCUAGUAAACAACCCCCUUAUCAAGGUUUCAACCUUUGAGUAUCGGAAAAGUUAUUCCUUUUUAAAAGUUGUUUUGUUUAUUUAACUUCCUAUAGAUGAGCUUACCCGUUAUCAAAGGGAUGAUCCUAUAGUGUUUUAACUGUAUAAAAUACAGUAUCAACCAAUUUAACAAUCUGAACAAGCAAUUAGCUCAGGAUUACAGGCUAGGCAUGGACAGUUUAUCAGCAAUAAUAUAUGUAUUUUUUUAAAUAGGAUCCAGAUGCCUUUUUAAGCUUGGAGCCUCCACACAUACUGUUCAUUAAGAUGAGUUGACCUAUAUUUUACUUUGAGCUGUGGUGACGUCAAGCAGCAGAUAGCCUAUACCAGUAUUCCUAUAAUGAUUCAGCUUUCUCAACCUGCUUUGUCAUAACUGCAGGAUCAUGCUUUAAACAGAAUAAUCUUAAAAUAAAGAGAAAGGUACAGUAUGUUGAUAUUUCAAUUAUUUUCAAUAAAUGGCAAUAGGAGUUAUCUAUUUAUUUUGAAUCUGUGUGUCUGAAAAUGUUCUGAAUUAUAUAUUAGUGCUUUGCGUACACUAUGUAGGUUAAGUGGUAAAAUGCAUACCAAGAACCUAAAAUGUUAUUUUAUCUUAUUUGUAAAAAAUAAAAAUAAAUGUUUUUAGGAGGGACCAUGGGGUGUGGGGUGGGGUGUGUUUGACCUAGACAUCACUUCACAGUUUCAGUAGUGAGGAUACAUGUUUGAACUAAUCAAUGUGUCCCACUUACAACAUCUUAUUUAUCUACAAAAAAAAUCCCCAUUCUUGACCCCACACAUUGCUGUUGAAUUAUAAUAUUAUUGACCAAAGUUUGUAAAUUAGAAUAAAAUGUAUUUAUUAAAACUUUGUCUUCUUGAUGAAUUUUGAGACACUUUGGAUACAAUUUUUUUUUAUUUUUUACUGUGAAUGUUACAAAAAUGUUUAGUUUUACUUUAUUCUUAUCAAAAUAAUAAAUUAAAAGUUGGAAUGGACAAUACCAUAGCAACGUUAAUGUAUCCAAAACAACUUAAAAAUAUGAAAUAUGAUUUUUUUGUUCAUGGUAUAUUUUGUUUCUUGUGUUUCACUGGAGGGGAUUGUCAAACUACAUUUUAAUUGAAUUUACUCUUGCACUUUUUCUUUCUUUUUUGUAACAUUUGAUUUGUGAACACUUUGUAAAGAUGUACAUUUUAGGAAAGUUAUUAUUGCAUGCAAUAUGAUGCUUUAGUGUUUAAGUUAAGUGCAGUGUAAUUUGUCUAGUUAUCAUUCCUCAAGAAAAUAAAUGAUUCUGAGACAAUAAAGAAAAUACAUACUUAAACAUU